AUACAUGGCUUCAGUUAAGGACUACUUAGACAAGGACCAGCAGUUUGCCAUUUCUAAGAAAAACAACAGCUCAGGCUUUACGGAUAGUUUUGGAGGCGUAUCCCAGCAUUAUGGAGAUUCUAGAAAAUCCUUCACCAGUUCUGGGACAUUGGAUUUUACAUC